CGACACUGAAGGUGCACGACCUCGAUCGUGACUGUGGGCACCAGGGUGCGCUUCCUCCCCUGGUGGAGGAGCUAACAGUUAGCCGCGGCUCUGUGUGUGUAGCACCGUGUCCGCCUGGUCACGAGCUGCUAAUGUAACGUAGCACUCGUCAUUGGGUGAAGCAGCAGCCGCCAUUUCAUUCUGCGAGGGUCCGAACACAGUGCUGCUGCUGAAGUGACGUGGCAGCUCCAAAAUGGUGAAAAUAUUCAUCGGGAACUUGUCAGCUGACACUACAUCAGAUGAGCUACGCUCUCUCUUCUCCCAGUACGGCAAGAUUUCAGAAUGUACAAUCGUCAAGAACUUUGGCUUUGUGCACAUGGAUAACAAAACGGAGGCAGAAGAGGCCAUCCGCAACCUCCACCACUAUGAGCUCAAUGGCCAGCCCAUGAAUGUAGAAUUGAGCCGUGGCAAUAUAAAAGGAUCCACCAAACUACAUGUUGGCAACAUCGCUUGUACCAACCAGGAGCUGAGGGCUAAGUUUGAAGAGUUUGGCUCCGUGGUGGAGUGUGACAUAGUCAAAAACUAUGCUUUUGUUCACAUGGAGCAAAUGGAGGAUGCCAUGGAGGCCAUUAAUCAGUUAGACAACACAGCUUUUAAAGGCAAACUGAUGAGCGUGAAGCUUUCGACUAGCCGCCUUCGUACUGCGCCGGGAAUGGGAGACAGAUCGGGUUGUUAUCGUUGCGGGCAGGAAGGCCACUGGUCCAAAGAAUGCCCUCUAGACCAAAAUGGCUACCACAAAAACGGUUCAGAGCCAGAGUCUGAUGGAUACGAUGCCUCGAGAUUUGGCGGGCGUGGUCACAACAGUGGUUAUCAUCCAGACUUCACUGGUGAUCCAGAUUAUGGUGGCGGCUAUGCUCCUGUACAUGUGUUUUCACGGGGUUCUGGUCACAGCAGCAUGGCGGGGUACAGAAGGGGUGCAGGCUAUGAGAGUGCAAUGAGAUACGGGCCGCACCCAGGUUAUGGCAUAAGCGCUGUUGCUGAUCAUAGCAUGCCUCGGAUGUAUGGCAGCGAGGCGGCAUACAGGGGCAACGGCUCACUCUAUGGCGCGGUACCAGCCUACCCGAUGCGACGGUCGCCUUACGAGGAACGGGAUCCGUACGGGGUCGUGGACUACUAUGAAAAGUACAGGGCCAAUUCUUACGGAGGCAGUUAUUUCGAGGAACGCGGCGCCGUCCCCUUGCCUGCUCCAUCAACCCCCUCCAUAGCUAUUAUUCGGGAACGUCUUCCCCCCUCUAGCCUUGACCCAUACGAGUGCCCUCCCCUCCCUCCUCCACCAGCCCCAGUCUCCUCAUUCUAUGCACGUGACCGGAGUCCGAUACGGAGAGUCCCUGCCGAGGCAGACGGAUAUGCAUAUGAUCGUUCGCGCCUUUCCCCGGUGCUGACCCUCCCAAGAAGCACUGCCUAUGAACAUCCUCGGGAUCCCGGUGCUGAGCGGACAAGAUAUACAUACUAAUCUGUUUCCCAAACAGCAAGAUAGGAUAGCCCAAGUGCAAUUGGAAUCACUAAAAAUUAAAUGUUACAGUGUGUCUCAUUGGUAAUAUCAGGGGCAAAAGUCAGCCCGUGUGGGUAGUAUGGACAAGGUGACAAUAAAGCUUUCCAAUUAUCCAACAACUAGAAUUCAGUGGAAAUGGUUGAAUGCACCCACCUGACGCUGUGAUCUCAUUCCAGCUUAUACUACAAAAUGCAGAGCAACGAAUGCUCAGUUGACCUCCGUUCAUCUUCCUAUUUACAUGUUGUGAUAUUGGUGCAGUUCUGAAAUGGCGUAGUUUAAUGUGAAAGUGCAGAGAUUGAGUUUUUCUACAAACUGGUUGAUCCAUCCAUUUGUGAUACUGUAAAAACAAAAAAAAAUCCCCCCUCCCCCAUAUAGUAGCAGUAUGUUCAUACAAUAUUUAGAUUAAUUCAAUAGAAACACAUAAAAUUAAUGCAUGGUGCAUGUUUUAGAGGUGAGUCUUAGGGUUAUGUUAAUUCAAUUUAAUGAAUUCUUUUCAGCAGCGUCUUUGUGUAUUUCUGUCUAUUCAUUUGUGUUGAUGUAAGUUUACAUUGUUACUGCAUAUAUAAAUCAAAAAAUAAAUUUCAAUACCUUAUGCCUCAUCACCUACAUUGGUAAAUGGGGGGGUUACAUGUCAAACCUGUACAAAUAUAGACCUGCACAAAAUGAAAAAUUAUUAUACUUUUGUAAUUGGGAUAAUAUGAAACCUAUUUGUGGAAUUGUGUUGAAGAACUUUCCAAGCUGCAUUUUGGUCAUGUUUUUUAAUAGUCACAUUACUUGUUUUAAAUUUAUUUUCAGUGCUGUGAUAUAUAUGAGGCUUUACGCUUUCAACAUAUGUUGUAGUUCCAUGAGAAAAUUAUCUCAAUUGCCUGUGCUGUCUGUCUUGAUUUCUAACUAUUAGGUCAAAAUUAAAACCUGUUUAAAGACUGA